AUGGCUAUAAAAUAUGGUAUCACUGAGUUUGUUGUGGAGUUCCUGAAGAUGUUUCCUUUCGUGGUUUCGCAUGAUCUGGGGAAAAACACUAUGCUACAAAUGGCUAUUAUGGAACGAAAUGUAGAGAUAUCAAAUCAAAUAGUGGAUUUCAUCAUUUUAGAUGACACAAAAGAUGACAUACUUUGCAAGGAAGAUGAGAGUUGUAGCAAUAUCCUACAUUAUGCUGCCAUAUUAGCGCCUCCUCAUCAACUCAACUCAGUGUCAGGUCCUGCUCUACAAAUGCAACGAGAAGUACAGUGGUUCAAGGGAGUGAGAAGAUUGGUGCAUCCAUUCUUGAGGGAUACUAGAAAUGCUGAUGGACUAACAGCACAAUAUGUGUUCACUGAACAACACAAGGGCUUGCGGAAGACUGGAGAGAAAUGGUUAAAAGAUACAUCUGGAUCGUGCAUGGUGGUCGCCACCCUUAUUGCAACUGUAGCAUUUGCAGCUGCGUUUACCGUUCCUGGAGGUAAUGCCCAGCAGGAUUUGACAGGCAGGAAAAAUGGCGUUCAAAAAAUAAUAAUAAAAAAUGGCUUUCCAGUUUUUUUGAGAGAGCCCGCAUUUAUAGUGUUUGUGGCAGCAGACGCUGUAGCUUUAUUCUCUUCAAUUACAUCAGUGAUUCUGUUCUUAGCUAUCAUGACAUCUCGAUAUGCGGAAGAGGAUUUUCUGAAAUCUUUGCCUCAAAAGCUGAUAAUAGGUCUUGCAAUGCUGUUCAUUUCUAUGGCCAACAUAUUGGUAGCCUUCUGUGCAUCAUUUACCCUUAUUCUGGUGGCCGAUAAACAAAAACAUGUAUGGAUUCCAGUUACUAUAUCGUGUUUUGGUUUCAUUCCUGUGCUCUCAUUUUUUUAUCUUCAAUUUCCUUUGUUUCUUGAAAUGUUGCGUGCCACUUUUUGGCCAAGUAUCUUAAAGAUAAAGAAUCGGCAGCACCUUCUUUCCGAGAAGGAAAUUCGACGAACUUUUAGGCAAAGAAGCAUCUGGCGAAUUGCCAUGAAAGAGAGAGAAAUUAACCAAGAGAAAACUUUCAAUAUCUCUCAACCGUGA